CCAGGAAGAGGACACAAGACGCAGAAGUCUGGAAUGGAGUGGGAGCUCAUGCUGGAUAUGGAUGACAAUACAUUUGCCCGCCAUUUCCGGAAGAGAAGAGCCAUCAGAAGAGCCAGGUUUGAGCAGCUCCUUGGACUGCUUCAGGAGGGCGGCCUGCACAGCAAACACAGCCAUAGACUUCCCCCCUUGCCUGUUCCCAAAAAGGUCCUCAUGUUUCUCUGGUUUAUGGCCAAUCAGAACAGCUACAGAGAAAUAUCUGAUAAAUGUAAUGCUUCCAAGUCAGGGACGCACGGAGCCAUCCUUCAAGUGCUGACCAUCAUGUCAGGGAUUGGCACAAACUUUGUAUCUUGGCCAAGGGGCUAUGAGAAGAGGAUGUCUUCCUGUCUUCCAGCGCAUCUCUGGCCUCAAUGGAGUCAUUGGGACAAUAGAUGGUUGCCACAUCAGAGUCCAGAGUCCACCAUCAGAGGAAGGGAUUACAUCAACAGGAAGUCCUACUACUCUGUCCUCCUCCAGGGUAUUGUCAAUGAUGAAGGCCGCUUCAUUGACAUCUUUGCUGGACCACCAGGCAGGGUGCAUGAUCUGCGGGGCUCCACUUUUUACACGGAAUGGCAGGAGAAGAUGGUGGACUAUUGUCUGCUUGGGGACAGUGCCUAUAUUGGUCAGGCCUUCCCCUUCAUUAUAACACCAAAGCGUGACAACGGGGCCCUCACCAAUGCUGACCACCAGCAAAAUUUCAACAUCAGUCGGGGGAGGGUCAUUGUUGAGUAGGCAUUUGGCAGGAUGAAGUGCAAAUGGCGGCACUUAAGAGACCUGCAGAACACCAGGAUGGAUGUUAUGGUAAUUAUUAUCAUGGCUGCAUGCUUCUUGCACAACCUUGCCCUUGGAGCUGUGAAUGGCUGUGAUGAACACCCAGAGAGAUGUCCAAGAGAGGAGGAUGGCAACGAGUA